AUGCCCCCUCCAGCGGUCCCCCAAACAGUUCCCCAAGCAGCGCCACAGGCAGCUCCUCAGGCCCCCCCACCCGCACCCCCCCAACAAGCCCCACCCCGUAGAUGGAAUGCAGGCACCUGGGCCGCCGUGGCCUCGGCACCCGGUCCCGCACAAGGAAAUUUCCAGGUUGUUGAGAGAAGAAAGAAGUCCGCAAAGCCAAAAGCGGACCCUCUCUUCAAGCCAGAAUAUACCAAGAUCAACAGAGAAAUCAUUGUUGAAACCACUGCUCCAUCCGACGUCAAUCCCUCCGAGAUCAGAACCCUCGUCAACGCAAGAAUCCAAGACGAGUCCUGCCAUUUCAUCUCGGCAAGAAGGACACCCAAGGACAACUUCAUCCUGGAAACAAAAUUCGUCACCCCUGCAACAAAGGCAAUGGAAUAUGCCAAAGAAAUUGAGGAGGCCCUCCUCACCCUACAGGUACCGGUCGCUGUCAUCCGCGCAAACUCCAAGUGGUCAAAGUUUCUCCUCCAUGGAAUCCCCACGACGGUCGGGGAGGGCAUUGAGGCGGGACAACUAGUAGCAUCAGAAAUCAGAAGCAACUAUGGAGAGAACUUCCAACUUGCCCAGGUUCCCCGCUGGAUAUCCAGGGCAGAAACUCGAAUGGAGAAAACCCACUCAUCAAUGGUCAUCGCACUCCCAGGACAAAUCACAAUGGAAACACUAGGAGUUAAAUUCCUAUCUCUCUUCAACCGAAGCUGCCAUAUCGAGGCCUUCUUUCAUGGAUCGAUCAGUGGAGGUACGGGGUUAUGA